AAACGGCCCGCCCUACUCCUCGCUCAUUGAAGAAGGAGAGGGACGGUGUGUCGCACCUUCCGCAACUCGAGUGUAGUCAUGUCGUCCAAGCUCACAAAGCUUUUUGUCGGAGGUUUGAACGUGGAGACGACGGAUGAUGGCCUCCGCGGUCAUUUCGAGCAAUUCGGCGCGCUCAGCGACUGCGUCGUGGUCAUGAACCAGAUGCUAGGCCGCUCCCGCUGCUUCGGCUUCAUAACCUACACGACACCGGAGGAGGCCGAUGCAGCAAUGGCGUCCAAGCCACAUGUCGUUGACGGACGCAACGUGGAGCUCAAGUGGGCCGUGGCCCGAGAGGAGGCCAGCAACACGGACGCGUCAUCCAACGUGAAGAAGAUCUUCGUUGGUGGCGUCAAGGACCACCUGGAGGCUGAGAACUUGAGCGAUUACUUCUCCCAAUACGGCCCGGUGGAAAAGGCCGAGAUCAUCACCGACAAGCAGACCGGCAGGAAGCGCGGCUUCGGCUUUGUCUUCUUCGAGGAUAACGACUCUGCCUCCAAAGCGGCGCUCACAAAGUUCCACACAAUCAGCGGCACCAAAGUGGAGGUGAAGAAGGCAAUGAGCAAGCAGGAGAUGUCCGGUGGAGGUAGAGGUGGCGGAGGCGGCGGCCGUGGUCGCGGUAGAGGCAUGUCGAGUUACGGCGGAGGAAGAGGUGGUGGCUACGGAGCAGGCGGUUACGGCGGGAGCUACGGAGGUGGUGGCAGUUACGGCGGAGGAGGCUUCGGAGGCAGCUACGGAGGCGGCAGCUACAGUGCUGGAGGCUACGGUGGCGGUUACGACGAUUACGAUAGUGGCAUGAGUGGCGGGUAUAGUAACGGGGACUUCGGCGACGGCUACGGACAGCAACACUCCAGCUACGGAGCCAUGAAGGGGGGGAACUACUCCUCAUUCCGGAGCGGGGCCCCAUACAGCAGAGGCGGCUACGGGCGAGGGGGAGGCUACGGAGGCGGCUAUUAGAGUUCCCUCCACUUUUGAUACGGCUACGGGAAGGGGCUGAAGGGUCCAAGCCCCGAGAGAACUUGAAUACACACAACCAUGGAAGGGGCAGGGGGUCUCCAUAGCUCUCAUGAGUAUGGGAGAAGUGUCCAUCCCCCCUGAAUGAAUGACUCAACCCCCUUUAAUCCCCGCCAAGAUCUCUCCCCCGUGUUCCUCCUCACGGACGCUACUACUACGACAAAAUUGUGAAUUAUUGAUGAAAAAACGUCAUUCGCUCUGUGUGCGUAUGGACACUUUUGUCAUUGCUUUUCCCGCGUCGAUGAUUGGUUCUUUUUGUUUCGUCCCUGAGUUCUCUCAGGGUUUUAAGUCUACUUGUUGACAGCGCGGGAAUUGAAUCGCCUGACUUUUCCCAUCAAAAAGCGUACAAACCUUUUUUCAUGUUUGUUUAGAUUAAAACUGUUCUGAAAUAAUGUUUAGCACACCCUUAUGUUUGGUUUUAUUAAAGUUUUUAAUGUUCGGAAAAUA